GCAUCUGGAUCUUCCACCUCUCGGGAGGUUUCCUGCCUCUCCGCUUCCUCCCCAGCCUGGAGCUAGAGAUGCAGCGGCUGGACACGGCUGCGGCGCUCAGGAGAAGCCGGGGGCUUUCUGCUCGGGCGCCCAGGCACGGGAGCUCGCGGGGCUGGAGCUCCGCUUGGCUCUGCUGCUGGGCGCUCGCUGCCGGCUGCCCGGCGGCUUGGGCUGUGGACCUAGCCGCCGCUUCCAGUCUCCCGUUACCUCCUUGCCAAGAGAAAGAUUACCACUUUGAAUAUACGGAAUGUGAUAGCAGUGGCUCCAGGUGGAGAGUUGCCGUUCCCAAUUCCGCAGUGGACUGUUCUGGACUGCCUGACCCUGUGAAAGGGAAAGAAUGCACCUUCUCCUGUGCUUCUGGUGAAUACCUAGAAAUGAAGAACCAGGUUUGCAGUAAGUGUGAGGAAGGUACCUACUCCUUGGGCAGUGGCAUCAAGUUUGAUGAAUGGGAUGAGUUACCUGCAGGAUUUUCCAAUGUUGCAACAUUCAUGGACACAGCAGUGGGUCCUGCUGAAAACAAACCAGAUAGCUGUGACAACUCUUCCUGGAUCCCUCGUGGAAAUUACAUUGAAUCGAAUAGAGAUGACUGCACAGUUUCUUUAAUCUACGCAGUGCACCUGAAGAAGUCUGGUUAUGUCUUUUUUGAAUACCAAUAUAUUGACAACAACAUCUUCUUUGAAUUCUUUAUACAAAAUGAUCAGUGCCAAGAGAUGGACUCCUCCACAGACAAGUGGGUAAAAUUGACAGACAAUGGAGAAUGGGGUUCUCAUUCUGUCAUGUUAAAAUCAGGCACAAACAUAUUAUACUGGAGGACCACGGGGAUUCUCAUGGGGUCCAAAGUGGUGAAACCUGUACUAGUGAAAAAUAUCACUAUUGAAGGUGUUGCAUACACAUCAGAAUGUUUUCCCUGCAAGCCAGGAACAUUCAGUGACAAGCCAGGUUUGUCCAACUGCCAGAUUUGCCCUAGAAACACCUAUUCUGAGAAAGGAGCUAAAGAGUGCAUAAAAUGCAAAGAAGAUACCCAGUUUGCAGAUGAAGGAUCCAGUCAAUGUAUGGAGCGCCCUCCUUGUACACAAAAAGACUACUUUCAGAUUCAUACACCAUGUGAUGAUGAAGGAAAGACACAGAUAACGUACAAGUGGAUAGAGCCCAAGAUCUGCCAGGAGGACCGUGCAGAUGCCGUUAGGCUUCCCCCUUCUGGAGAGAAGAGAGAUUGUCCCCCAUGCAACCCUGGUUUUUAUAACAAUGGCUCCUCUUCUUGUACUCCUUGCCCACCUGGAACAUUUUCAGAUGGAACGCAGGAAUGCAAGCCAUGCCCAGCAGGAACAGAGCCUGCUUUAGGUUUUGAAUAUAAAUGGUGGAACAUCCUGCCUGCCAAUAUGAAAACCUCCUGCUUCAAUGUUGGGAACUCAAAAUGUGAUGGAAUGAAUGGUUGGGAGGUAGCUGGAGACCAUAUCCAGAGUGGGGCAGGAGGCUCGGAUAAUGAUUAUCUGAUCUUAAACUUGCAUAUUCCAGGAUUUAAGCCUCCAACAUCUAUGACGGGAGCCACAGGUUCUGAACUCGGAAGGAUAAGUUUUAUUUUUGAGACCAUCUGUUCAGCAGACUGUGUGCUGUACUUCAUGGUGGAUAUUAAUAGAAAAAAUACCAAUGUGGUGGAAUCCUGGGGUGGAACCAAAGAGAAACAAGCUUAUACCCACAUCAUCUUCAAGAAUGCAACAUUCACAUUUACAUGGGCCUUCCAGAGAACAAAUCAGGGCCAAGAUAGUAGACGGUUUAUCAAUGAUAUGGUGAAGAUCUAUUCUAUCACGACUACAAAUGCAGUUGAUGGAGUAGCUUCAUCUUGCCGGGCCUGUGCCCUGGGUUCUCAGCAGUCACGUUCAUCCUGUGUGCCUUGCCCACCUGGACAUUACAUUGAGAAAGAGACCAACCAAUGCAAGGAAUGUCCGCCUGACACCUACCUGUCCAUACAUCAGGUGUACGGCAAGGAGGCUUGUGUUCCAUGUGGGCCAGGAAGCAAAAGCGCACAGGAUCAUACAGUUUGCUAUAGUGACUGCUUCCUGUCCUACAUGAAAGAAAAUCAGAGUUUGCACUAUGACUUCAGCAACCUCAGCAAUGUUGGCUCAUUAAUGAAUGGCCCGAGCUUUACUUCCAAAGGAACCAAAUAUUUCCAUUUCUUCAACAUCAGCCUGUGUGGGCAUGAGGGGAAGAAGAUGGCAAUUUGUACUAACAACAUAACAGAUAUCACUGUGAAGGAAAUGGUAGCUGAAUCAGAAGAUUAUACCAAUUUUGUAGGAGCAUUUAUAUGCCAGUCAACUAUUAUUCCAUCUGAAAGCAAAGGCUUCCGUACAGCUUUGUCUUCACAGUCUAUCAGCCUUGCAGAUAUAUUUUUAGGAGUAACUGUUGAAACCACAUUAUAUAACAUCAAUGUGAAGGAAGAUAUGUUCCCAACUCCAUUAAGGCAAAUACCUGAUGUACAUUUCUUUUACAAAUCUUCCACGGUGACAGCAUCCUGCAACAAUGGGCGAGUAGCUAUUGUCACUAUGAGAUGCAAUCCCAGCAAACCUGGCCAAGGUGUGAUUUCAGUCCCCAGCACAUGUCCAGCGGGCACCUGUGAUGGCUGUACAUUCUAUUUCCUGUGGGAGAGUGCCGAAGCUUGUCCUUUGUGUACAGAGCAUGACUACCAUGAGAUCGAAGGAGCCUGUAAGAGAGGAUUUCAGGAAACAUUAUAUGUAUGGAAUGAACCAAAGCAAUGCAUUAAAGGGGUUUCCUUGCCAGAGAAAAGAUUGACCACAUGUGAAACAGUUGAUUUUUGGUUAAAAGUGGGAGCAGGAGUAGGUGCUUUUACAGCAGUUUUACUUGUGGCUUUGACCUGCUACUUCUGGAAAAAGAAUCAAAAGUUAGAAUAUAAAUAUUCCAAACUGGUAAUGACAGCUAAUGCAAAGGAGUGUGAGCUCCCAGCUGCAGAUAGCUGUGCUAUCAUGGAAGGGGAAGAUAAUGAAGAAGAAGUUGUAUAUUCCAAUAAACAGACACUCUUGGGCAAACUUAAAUCCUUGGCAACAAAGGAGAAGGAAGAUCAUUUUGAAUCUGUUCAGCUGAAAUCCUCAAGAUCCCCCAAUAUAUGAAGAGGCAGUGCUGCCUUUGGAUAAAGGAACAAAGAAACCUGCUUUCUAAUUUUACAGGACCACAUUUUAGAGUCCAUCUUGAUGUCCAGGAUUGUUGGUGAUACCUGUGAGAAAUACUGGACUGUUGAAAUAAGAAGGUUGGAGCCUUCUGGUUGUCUGGUUGCCUUAUGAUGUGGUCAAGUACCUUGCCAAAAAGGAAAGCAAACAGUUUGGUGGCCAAGAUGAUGGUGAAGUUCAACUCAGGAAAGAGAUAUAUGUGUAUAUAUGUAACUGAAAACCAAGUUUAAAGCCCAUCAGUGCACUGCUGAUGCAUGCCAUUUAACUAAUUGGUAACUUUCAUUUCUUUUAACUCGUAUGAGAAUUAUCAUGUGUGUGUGCGUGCGUGUACGCAUGUGUGCAUGCAUGUGCAAUCAUAUGAAUAUUUUCCCUUAUUCUUUUGAAAGACUUCAAACUUUUCAUGAGAUACAAUCCCUUUGACCCCUAAUCCCUGUUUUUCCCCCUCCCAUCAUUUGAACAUGAAAUUUCCCUUCAAAAUGUUAAGCAGUGCUUGAGACUUAAGAACUUGAAUUUUCAUUCUCACAGAGAGCUUUCCCCUUUGAUUUCAGAAGCUCAAGUUAUCACCCUUUUGGAAAAAUUAGGUUCUCCAGGUUUCUGGGGCAUCUGAAUAUGUGUUCUUUCCAGAAAUUCCAUGUUAGGUGAGCUUAGAUGAUGUGGUAACCUUUAAGGAAGGAAUUCCUGGAAAACAUAGAGGAUGCACCUUGGAAGAAAAUGAGAAACAACCAGGAUACUAACUUCUUAGGAAGUCAACCAAUCCCUUUAUUAACAUGGAAGCCACACUAUAGAAAACUUCUUAAAUAGAAAGAUGUUCAAGUGAGGAAAAAAUGAAGUGAGAUGGAUUAUCAUGUCAAGUGGAGAAAUAAAAAAAAAGAUAGCUUAUCAAUUGAUGCAAGUUUAACUUAGACAACUAAUUCCACAGCUUUUAGCAUUGCUUUGGGCUCUUUGGAAAAGUGAGAUAGGCUACUCAUCCUCUUGUUUCAUGUAAAGUCCAAUUCUCAAGGCAUGUGGGGAUAGACCUCUUGUUGGAUCUUGUGGGAUGUUGCGAUUUGUGAUUUUUGUUUGGAGAAUUUUCUUCAAUCAAUAAACCAACAUCUAGUUUUGGAAAAAUAAAGUUUAUGACUGUCUGUGUGGCUAGGAAGUUGUUGUACUUUGGGCAGGAAAGGGAAUCUUAAGAUUGUUUUAAAAAUUUGGUGACUCUUUUUACAAUUAUUAUUGCUAACAAGAUUCAGGCAUGUGUUUAUUAAGAACAGAUGUUUGGAUGAUGAUGGAAUUGGCUAAUUUACCACAAAGUAAAUUUUUUUAGAAUCAUUGGGCACUGAAACAAGGUCUGGGACACUGAGCACCUUGGGGUGCCCAGCAU